AUGACGUUUCACCUGCAGUAUGUGGACAUCCAGCUGGCCAAGCCAAGUUGUCACUUUCUGCGGCUCGGGGACGAGCGGGCUGGAGUGGGCUUCAUCGUACAUCCAAGUUUCAGGCACUCUGUGGUUGGAUUUUGCCAGGCGACGGACCGCAUGGCAUCGCUCAAGCUUCGGAUCCCAGGAGGUAAAGCUGUUAUUUUCUCUGCAUACGCGCCGCACAGCGGUUACGAGUUCCGGCGGCGGUUUGACUUCUUCACGAGUUUGUCAGAAUUCGUUUCCACAAGAUCCGCUCAUGGACCCAAGCUUGUGUUAGGAGACAUGAAUGCAAAGUUGUAUGGCCAACUCGAUGGAGAGAGUGACGCGGUGGGGCCCUAUAUUUUCAAACACCCCCACCAGACGUGCAAGGAAGACGCCAACCGGCACCUCAUGGUUGAGAUGUGCGAGAAUCUGAACAUGUGCGUUGCAAACACAUUUUUUGACGUGCCGGAUCACAACCUUGUCACUAACUACAACGUGGGUACGCCUGCCGGGCUACAAAUUGGAUCCUCGACGCACUCGCAGAUCGAUUUCGUACUCUGCGAGAGGACUUUUCUCCGGGACAUCACUGGCGUGGCUGCUAGGAGCACCCCGCUGCACUACAUGCAGACUCGCUUCCGGCAGGGCUGGGAUGAGGAGGCCCAGAAGCGCCUCAUGCUGCCCCAGAGCCCCGAGGAGGAGGAGUACCGGAAGGAGAUGGCUGUCAAGCACGGCAAGCGGGGCAAGGAGGUAGAGAACCUUCUUUCCAGGAGGAAGGAGGGCAAGCGGAUCCUCUACGAGGUCAAGUGGAAGGGCCUGGACGAUGCCAAGCAGAACACCUACGAGAGCGUGCAGAAGCUGCGGCUCCUCGGGGUCGAGAAGAUGGCCGCCGCACUCGACGACCGCCUAGCCUGUGCAGAAACCGGCUUGAGGCCUCUGAGCACGCGCGAGAUCGUGAAGCACUUGGAGCCCUUCGGCAUCAACGAGGACAUGACGACGCACCGCAUGAUCAGCGGGUUCUCGGCCGGGCAGAAGAGUAAGCUGAUGCUCGGAGCGUCAAUGUGGACGAAACCUCACGUUAUUCCUUUUGACGAGCCGACGAACUAUCUGGAUUUCCAAACCGUCAAGUCCCUCGGUCGUGCCAUCCAGCUCUUCCGAGGAGGCACCAUCGUGGUGACCCACAACGAGGACUUCUUGCAGGCCACCUGCGAGGAGAUUUGGCACGUCGAGGAUGGAUACGUGAACGUCCAGGGGAAGAACGGCCAGAUCAAGGGGCUGUCUGCCAAGAACGAGCAGGCGAGGAUGGCCAAGGAGAAGCAGAAGGCGGAGGCCAAGGUCGAGAGGGACGUGAAGGCGGCGUCCGGCCCCAGCGAGGCCGAGAAGGCUCUCCAG